AUGUUUUUAACUUUAAUUUUGUUGGAUUGGCUGUUUAUUUCGUCAAGCGCGACAACGCUAUCACCUGAACCGGGUUUUAGCGCACCCAUAGAAAAUGUCACAGCGCCGCUGGGAAGAGAAGCUAUUAUGGCUUGUACAGUACACAAUCUUUCAUCAUAUAAGGUCGCGUGGCUAAGAGUUGACACCCAAACAAUCCUCACGAUACAUACUCAUGUGAUAUCAAGGAGUCGACGAGUUGGUGUAACUCACAGCGACCACCGCACCUGGUUCCUUCACAUCAGAGAGCUGCGGGAGACGGACAGAGGAUGGUACAUGUGCCAGAUCAAUACUGACCCUAUGAAAAGUCAACUUGGCUACUUAGAUGUCGUUGUACCGCCUGAUAUCUUGGACCGUGGUACGAGUACUGAUCAGACGGUGCGUGAGGGAGCAUCCGUCAGUCUGACGUGCGCUGCCACGGGCUCGCCGCAUCCACAAAUAACUUGGCGAAGGGAACAUUCGAAAACUAUAACAAUCGCGGAUGGCAUACAAGUGACGUCAUUAGAAGGUCCUGUUUUAAAUAUAAGUCGAGUAAACAGACAGCAUGCGGGUGCAUAUUUGUGCAUAGCCUCUAACGGAGUACCGCCUACGGUUAGCAAGAGAAUAAUGCUAACGGUUGAAUACCCGCCCGUGGUGACAAUUAAGAAUCAAUUAGUGGGCGCCGUAUUGGGGUCCGAUUUAUUGCUGGAAUGUGAAACAGAGGCCUACCCCAAGCCCGUUAGUUACUGGAGCAGGGAAAAUGGAGAAAUAGUACCGAUAGGUAGGGGCUUGGAACCGCAAAAGAUAUCGGGCUCGUAUCGCUCAGUACUACGGCUUCCUAUUCGCAGGAUAACAAGCUCGGAUUACGGCGCGUACAAAUGUGUCUCCAAAAACUCCUUGGGUGACAGCGAGGGAACUAUUAAACUAUACCCAAUGCCACCUCCCGCAAUGGAAAAUAACGCAGUUCAGAGGCUGAAUAUAAUUGCUGAUAAGUCAUCAGAUAGUACACCAUUUGGCACUCAAGAUUUCAGACUACAAGAUUACAGCGGAGCGGCUUGGAAGGAUUCCUUUAAUUUCAGCUUACUGUCCUCUCUAAUAAUUGUUAACAGCGUUCUUUCUUGGAGGUUUCUUUGAGUAA